CACCAGUUGAUCGCUACAUCCAUCACAGAACACUACACUGCAAUCACCUAUCGAACAAGAUGCCAUCUUACAAACUCAUCUACUUUGCUGUCCGUGGAAGAGGCGAAUUAAUUCGUCUCACCCUCACAGCUGCCGGACAAUCAUUUGAAGAGGAUCGCAUUACGUUCGAAGACUGGCCUGCACUCAAGCCAAAAAUACCCACAGGGCAGCUGCCAGUCCUGGAGGUGGAUGGAAAGCAGCUGUCACAGAGUCUAGCUAUAGCCCGUUAUCUAGCCAGGGAAUUCGGUAUGGCUGGCAAAGACUCUUUGGAACAAUGUCUGGUCGACCAGGUCAUUGAUACCGGCGCGGACGGUCUUACCGCCUUCGUCAAAUGGUACUUCGAGAAGGAGGAGGAGAAGAAGGAGGAAAUAAAAAAGAAUCUUGUGGAAACAUCUAUUCCUCACUUCGCCAAAAUCUUAACAAACUUCUUGGAAAACAGCGGAGGUAAAAAUGGAUUCUUCGUCGGAUCAACUUUGACGCUAGCAGAUCUUGCCUGUCACGAAAUGUUCACAGACUUUCUCCAGUUAAAUGCAGAUGCCCUGAAAGAUUUCCCCAAACUAGCAGCACAUCGUCAAAAGGUCGAAGAAAACGAGGCCUUGAAAGCUUACCUGGAAAAACGUCCUGAAAGCGUCAUCUAAAAUCCAUUGUCAGACGCUUA